AUGUUACUGGACUCCGGUCAUCACCAGCUCUCCGGCUUGUCCUCACUAAACGCGGGCGCGUUCUCGCCCCACGACCGCGAGCUGGAGCUCGCUCAGGGCUACGGGCUGCUGGGCGCGCGCGCGCACUUCGGUGCCGCGCGCGCGGACUUCUUCCUGCGCGGCGGCGGCGGCGGCGCGGGCGGGUUCAGCGAGGCCGGCGUCGGCGCGAGCGCCGCUCACCAUCACCAUCAGCAGCAGCACGCGAUGUUCGGCCACGGGCACGCGCAAACGGACGGCCACCAGGGCGCCGUCGGGCACGCGCUUUUCCCGGGCUUCCACGAGCAGCAGCAGCACCACCAGCCGCAGCAGCAGCACCAGCAGCAGCAGCAUCACCUCCACGCGCUGAACGGGAGGCUCGACGUUUUCGCGCGCGCAGCCGCUGCAGCCGCGGCCGCCGACCCGUAUGGCCAGUACGGGCUGAACGUGAACGUGAGCGCGCACCACGCGCACCCGUUCUUCCGUUACGUGCGCCAGCGGUGCGCCGAGCGCGAGCUCGAGCUGGCGUGCAGGUGGACGGAGCGCGAGAACCAGCGCGAGCGCCCGUGCGGCAGGACCUUCGGCACAAUGCACGAGCUGGUGGCGCACGUGUCCGCCGAGCACGUCGGAGGACCCUCCGAGCACAGCGAGCAGCACGUGUGCCGGUGGGAGGAGUGCGCGCGCCACGGCAAACCCUUCAAGGCCAAGUACAAGCUGGUCAACCACAUGCGCGUGCACACCGGCGAGAAGCCCUUCGCGUGCCCGUUCCCCGGAUGCGGCAAAGUCUUCGCGCGCUCCGAGAACCUGAAGAUACACAAGAGAACGCACACAGGCGAGAAGCCCUUCAUGUGUGAGUUCAGCGGAUGUGACCGGCGCUUCGCCAACAGCAGUGACCGGAAGAAGCACAUGCACGUCCACACGGCGGACAAGCCGUACCUGUGCAAGCUGUGCGACAAAUCCUACACGCACCCCAGCUCCCUGAGGAAACACAUGAAGGUUCACGAUGAGCAGAGUGCACUGAAGGAGGACUGCUCUCCAGGAGGAAGUUCAGGUUAUGACUCCUCCAGUGUGGUUUCUCCAGGCUCUGAGGCUCAGGACGUUCUCUCCCCAGACCCCCCCAACAACAACUUCAGCGAGUGGUACGUGUAGAGGAACUACACAGACCCAAAGUACUGUUCAUACACCACUAAUGAAGGUUUAGACCACUUUAUUCAUCACUACUGCACUGGAGCGAGCGGAGGCGGAGGAGAGUCUCUUAUCCUUGUAUAAUAUGUAAUGAAGGCUGUUUUUUUACUUUAUGAAGAAAUGAAUAUGAGCUUUUCUCUAAUGCCUGACAGAUGGAUGUACUCUGUGUUUGUGUUUUGCUGUAAUAAAUCAGGAUCUUAUGUUCAGAAAAGUUUACAGUACACCCUGAAGGCUCUGAGGACUCUUUUUGUACAGAGUAUAUAUGAACUCCGACUGGAGAAACUGCCAAAAUUGAAGUGAAAAUGGACACUUACUUCGUGAGGAGAAAAAAAAAUCUGUGGGACUUUUAUUAUGUAAGAUUUGAUAAAAGUGACAAAUGUUUUUACAGAUGUAUCUGGCGUGCCAUUUUAUGGUGAUGUUCUGUGGAAAUCAGUGAGUGCUGUGUUUAUAAAGAUGCAAAGAUAUAUUUAUGUUACUUUUUUCUGACCCAAAAAAUGUGUACAGUGAUGUUGUGCUUAAGUGUUUUGUUAAAUAAUGUUUCUCAGUUUUAAGAUAUAAACUUUUGCGAUAGCCUAUGUAAAAAAA